AUGCCAUCUAGAGAGUCCUACGAGGUUCACAAAGAAGAGAAGUCCCUGGUGCAAAAGGCCAAGCGAGAGGCCAAUCAGGAGGAUAUUCUGGCUGCAGCUCUGGGGAUGAGGAUGGGGCCACAGAAACCUCCAGCCACUUUCUGGCAGCCGCUUAAACUCUUCGCCUAUUCACAGCUCACCUCACUGGUGCGCAGAGCUUCACUGAAGGAGAGCGAGCGGGCGCCCAGAUCUGAGAAAGUCCACAACUUCAAGGUAAGAACUUAAUAACUCCUGCUCUGUUUUUUUUUUCUCUUUCUAAAUCAGUACUUUAAUUUCAUCAUGUGUGGCCUGAGGGCUCUUGUGGGAAAUGAAAAGAGGAGGAGGGAAGGGGUGCUACAGUGUGGGAGAGAGAGGGGAUGAAAAACAGAGCUGUUUUAGUCCAUCCAGUGAGCCUUUAUCAAAAGAAAAUCUGUUGGGUGGUCUGUGGAGCACUGCUGUUAGUUUGAGCAGCAGAUGGAGAGAUUAGGCGGAUGGAGAGGGGAAACAGUGGAGGAGUGUUUCCCUGUUUGGCUGCUGCUCUUUCUGCUAGUUUAGCUGGUUAAUGAAGGAGAGCAGCAGGUGAAAAAAAUAUGAUACUUAUGAAACUCUUUCAGCUGUUUUUAUGCCUUCACUACUACAGAUUUAACCACUUAAAGAAUAUAAACAGAUUAUAGUACAUGUGUUUGUACGACAACAUGAUAAAAAUGGCAUUUUAAAUCUACAAAAACAGCUAGUCUCUAAAGUGAGCCUUUCAGACACUCAGACGGUUCACAGUUAUUAAUUAAAAUACAGUUUGACCUAUUUAUUCAGAAGCCCAGCCUUUCAAGUUAAUUAAUCCUGCAGUUCAUGUUUCUACCAACUGUUCUCUUGACAUGUAAACAGGCAGUAUGUUUACAUGUAAAAGACAGAUUAAUUAUAUCAUACAUGUUGAUUACAGUUUCAUUUGACCUCACAGACAUAUAGAGCCUUCUUACAUGUUCCCAAAUGAUAUUCUGUCAGGAUGGAUUAAAUUCAGGUUGUAUGUGGUUAAACAACAGAAAAAAAAGUCCAUCAUUUUGAGGUGGGAGAGUUGAAAUUUUCAAUCUUUUCAGGGAACUCCAGACUAAAAUCAGAUUAACUGGUGCAUCCAAUUUCUGAUUGAUUGGUAUUUCAAAAGCAAUAUGAACAUCUUGGUGUAAAUCAUCAAACAGUAUGUAGUCUGAGAGGGAUGAAUUCAUGUGUGUCAAACAGGACUCCUGAGUUGCUGUAAACAUGAACAGUAACACCAGGUGGCAUCCCUCCAGGUGAUUAGUGUUGCCAUAAUAUGAGUGCUGCUGCUGUGUCUCUCCUCUCUGAUUGGCUGAGCUGUUGUUACCUGGUGGGAUGUGCGGGGAAUCCCUUUCCUGUCUCCAUAACGAAUCUCCCUGACAACUUGCACCUUCACCCGAGUGAAAGUGUCAAAUCUGUGUCGUGCCAUGAUGGCUGCACCCCUCUUAGAGCUGUCUCUCUGUGGAUGUGUUUUUGAACAACAACCCUCCUCCUCCACACACUCCUAAUCCUCCUCCUACACCUCAUUUAAGAUGGCAGCACCCACUGGUCUCCUGGACAGCUAGAAAAAGAAGACCCCCUCCUUUCUCUUUCUGAGGUGCCAUUGCUUUUCCUCUUCAUCACUAAUAUAAGUCACCGUCUCUCUUUCUCUCUUUCUGCUGCAGGUUCACACCUUCAGGGGGCCGCACUGGUGCGAACACUGUGCCAGCUUCAUGUGGGGACUGAUGGCUCAGGGAGUCAAAUGUGCAGGUACACACUCUCUUAUAUAAACCCCUGCAAACAAAGUGAGCAUCCUCCUAUCUGGGUUACUUGGUUUUGAGUACAUCUGGAGCAGGAUUAUUAAAGUUUAAUCCACAAUCCCAACAGUGGUUUGUGGAUUAGAGGGUUGUAUAACACAUUGAAAUAAGGGCUGCAUUGCAAUGUGACAAACGUUUAACACCAUUUAAAUACCCGAUUAUUGACCUCUUUAUUCCUCACUUUGCUGUGGGAGUGGAAUAGAGGAAUGAGGUCCAUCACAAUCACUGUUGCCAGAAUAUUAAAAAAUCCAAAUCUUCUCUAAUCUUUUGGGGAAUUAUGACUAGAUAUUUUUUGUCUAGCUCUGGGCUUGUUUCUUUUUUUUAUUUUGUUGUCAAUGCAAGUGAAACAAAGGGUAGCUCUGUUUCCACUUUCAUGGUUUUAAUGGAUGAACAUUUGCUUCAUUUGGACUAAGCAUGCAAGAGUCGGCUCAAAAAACAAAAAUAGUCUGUUCAAGGCUCGGUUAUUUUUCUCCAGUGCUGCAACUCACUCCACAUUUAGAGUCUAUUUUGUACAAUAUUCCCCUGCAAUCAAAGUAUAUGAUGGCUGUACCAUACACAUAUUCAGUUGUGUUGUAGUCAGGUUAUUGCUUCUGUUACAUUUUCCUCAUUUCUUGUCAAAAUCUCAGAUUAAAUUACUGUUUCACUGCAGUUGUAGUCAGAAAUCCUUCCACAUCCCAGAAUGGAGCGCUAAUACAGCCUAGUGCGCGUCUUUGAUGUUUUAUUGAUGAAACAAAGUGUGUCACACAAAACUGCGCAAGCUCUGCCAUCAAUUAUUAAUGCCUUGAUUUCAGAAGCUGACAACAAUAGACAGAAAACGCACAUAAUAUUGGAGCCAAUCUUUAUAAACUCAUAUCCUGCCAUUCCUUCAGACUCGACCACAGCGAGCAGAAUCUAGGGCAGAGAAGUCUCACAUGAUGCUCACAUUUGCAUACCAAAAAGAAAAAAAUCUCCUCCCACCCCCUUUUUUUUCCCCUUUUUUGUAUGUGUGAACCGGUUUUGGCUGAGCGCCAGGAAGCCAGCCUCUGCUUGUGCUUGUUGUGCCACAUUUCCUCAUCAGAGUACGCCCCCCACAGCCUCGUCCCAUCAUGCCCGUGAAGGAAAACAAAGCUGGCAUGUCUCUUUAAUGAGGAGCAGAGCUGGGAGCGUGAGGAAAGAGCUCCAUUUCCACACACAUUAAAAUUCAGUGGCUUCAACCGAGGAGCUGGGUCAAGCAGCUCAACCCUUCUUUAACUGGGAUACUUAGAGGUGAAACUCAACCAUCGAACAAAUACAAGUGCCGCUUUUUUGUCUUUCAAAUCCAGCCUGAAAGAAACUGGUUUGAACUGGAAACUCUGGAGAUGAUGUGCUGAUAAGAAAUUAACAUCCAGCCACCAUUAAUCGUCCCCUCAGAGCUCUUCAGCCAAAACUGAUCGGCAUCCUCCUCGCCAUAGCAACAGAGACAGAGCUGAUGAUGCACUAGAGCAACAUCCCCCGUCUCCAGGCUCCAGGGGGUCCCAUGGGCCCCUUUUUCACCCUCACCCGCCCCACAUGGGACCUCAGAGGGACACCAGGAGCUCAGCAGCAGACCUGUGUGUGAUGACAGGCCCUGCUCUAUUACACCGCCUGUCUCAUAUCCUUAAGAGAAUCAUCUCUUUAAGUAAUUACAUUUCUGCAUCAAUGCAUGGAAAAGCAGGCGCGGCGAAUUUCUCCAGGGACCCAUAUUAAUCUCAAACGUCUGAGGUUCCCCAGAAGCCUGGAUUCUACAUUUUUAGAGGUGCUUUUUGUAUUUAGAAUAAAAAAAAAACAUCCUUAUGCAGAAUCAGGAUGUUAUUCCUUCUGCUGUUUGGAUUUUAAGGCACAUGGUUUUGUCAAAAAAAGAAAAAACCCUCAGAACUUGGAGACGACUCAAAAGAUCUAAGAGCUUGAAGAGCUGCCCCAUUUUAGUCUGGGAAAGUAGGUCUAGUGUAGCCCGCAGCGCCUCAAUUGCUGCUUCCACAGCCAUUGUGUGUGAGCUUUGGAUUUGGAGGAGAAUAGAGCACACAUCAGCUCCAACUCUCCCUCCUCCAGGCCACAGCGUUUUUCUCUGCUCCUCUAAUUCCCUGCAUGCGUCUCUGUUAUAAAGCCGAGCUGCAGUCUCGCUCUCCACGGGCUCCUCUGCUCCUUGACAAGGUGAAACCCGCCCUCAAACAGCUGUGCCUCGGGCCCGUCUGCUCUGACCGGAAACUAAAACUGACAUCAGGACUAAUAUGCAGUUUGAACACCCAGUGAGGAACAUCUACAUCUGAAAACGUCCAAACCAAAAAUCUGUUUCACUUUGAAUCGACGAGCUGUCUUUGUUUGAUUAUACAGAGGCAUAUUUUUAAUCAUUUAAACAUGACAUAGUUCAUCAUGGUUUCAUCUCACUGUUUUUAAUAAGGAAAGGGCUGUUUAAAAGGUGACUUUGGACCUGUCCUCUGCUGAAGGUGACUGUAGAGGAGACAGAGGGGCUCUCCUGUGGUCCUGUGACAUUCAGAGGCCAAAUAUUGAUCAAGGGAAUUAACCCUCUUCUGCCAGCCAAAACACACAGGAACCCAGCCAACCAAAUCCGAAUGAACCCGAUGAUGGUUGUGAAUUAACAUAAAAGUCCUCCGUUCAGCAAUAAAAAGACUAACCCAUGAGGAAUAACUCACCCAGGGUUGAUUUUGGAGAGAAUCUUUCAUUUGAGUCACUGCUCUUUGUUCUGUUUAACAACUGACUGCAUUGUGUGUCUCUCUUCUGUAGAUUGUGGUUUGAAUGUCCACAAACAGUGCUCACCUCUGGUCCCCAACGACUGCAAACCAGACCUACGACACAUCCGUAAAGUGUACAGCUGCGACCUCACGACCCUGGUGAAGGCCUACAACACAGCGCGGCCCAUGGUGGUGGACAUGUGCAUACGAGAGAUCGAGUCCAGAGGUUUGUUUAGGACAUCUGUCUGUGCUUAUGUCAAAGUGUUUAGGUAUCAUCUCUAUGGGACUACACCCAAACAGUCUGCUGGAGUAAGAUGGAUAAGGGGAUACUGUGUGAAGGAUUUUAGCUAAAGUGCUGCAAACUAAACAAGAGGAAGAAUUAUGGAGGCCAAGUCAAGACAAAUUGAUAAAAACCUAACAAGCCACAUCAUACGUAAAUGUGAAAUUUGGUCAAAUCUGGUAACCUAAAAUUGACAGUGACUCACAGCUAUGGAUUGAUAAUAGUCUGAGUAUAUAAGGUGUGAUUUCAGAGGAUUAUUUUUGCAAUUAGAAGCUUUUCUUAAAAAACUCCUCUUGAUAGAACAGUUAUCGACUUCAAACCAUCACUCGUUGUUGUUUCAAUGUCAAAUUCUCUCUCAGGUUUGGUAGGUUUUGUCUGAUUUGGUGAAUUUCACUGACCCAAACAGAAGGACUCAAUUUUAUCUCAGAUUUUAAAGCUCCUAUGAGGAGUUUUUGAUGUUUAUGAAAUAGACUGAAAUUUAUACAUAUACGCCUCUUCAUGAUAUCCAAAUGCAAGCAAGACCAUCAUGGACAAGACUUUUGAUUUUUAUGUUGUAAUUUUUAAUCCCUGAAACUGGUGUCAGGGGGUCGGUGUUGGCUGAACAGCUGCAGAAACAGCUCCCUUUUUACAAUUUGCAGGUACAAUUUAGCCAGUAGAUGAUACAUUUGACAGUAAAAAGUUAUCAGAAUGAGAUGUUUUUUGUCAGCAGUCAUUACUUAAGAUUAGAGGACAAGAUAAGCAAAGACUCCUUAGUCCAAAAUGGACACAAAUCAAAAGUUCCUCACAGGAGCUUUAACAUAACUAAAACUGAUCAAAAUAUUCUGAGCAACUCUGAUUUCAACUUUCAAAUGAUACUAUGGACCUAAUGAUUGAUUAACGAUGGAUAAACUUAUAUCUAAAUAACAAUCUAUUCAGUCAAUGAUGAAGUGUCAAUAUCCAAGUCUCUCUCUGCUUUACAAAGACAUCUGAGGUCAAAGGUUGCACACUCUUGCAGGACUUCAUUGCUAGCAUAACCUUUAAACACACCCAGGCUGCAUGUCUUGCAGAGGAGUCCCUUUAAAUGCGAUUCAACACUUCUUUUCUUUACUUAUGAUCCCUGUUUUAAAACACCUUUCCUCUAAUUGUAUUGAAAGUGCAGCAUUCAGAGUCUGAUUACAGCACUAACCGAGUUAAUGAUUUCUGGGUGGUGAUGACUGAGAGGAGUGAUGAGUGUGCUGCUGGUAAUUGUAUGUGUGUAAUGAGGAAUACAUUACUCUGUUUCCUGCUGCCUUAUUUGAUUGCAUUUCAGUUAAAUCAUUCAGCCUUGUAGGAAACUCAUUGCUCCUUCAUUGUGUGCCCUCUAAAACGUGUCUGUGGCUAAGUUUGAUUUAUGUCUUUAUUAUUUUGCCCACUGAUGCGGAAAACUAUUUGCAUCUGCCCGUGUUGUUCCACUGUGUGACAUUGUGGACAUUUUAUCCUUAAUUUCUUAUGCAUAUUUAAGAGCAUUUAAUGGCAUUUUCUAAACUACCCAGGGCGAUGUAUGCAGGUGAAUUUUUCAGCAUUACUCUUGACAGCCAUGGUGAUGACAGAAACGUUGUUUAUUUCCUGUUUGUUCCUCAAGGACUGAAGUCUGAAGGCCUCUACCGGAUAUCUGGAUUCAGCGACUCUGUGGAGGAAGUCAAGACGGCCUUCGACAAAGGUGUGUGAUCCUUUUUGUUCUGCAUGUGUUAUACAGAUUCCUGCCAGCUAUAAACACAGUGAUUGACAUUCAGUGUUUUCAUAGAUUUACUUGAGGCUCAUAUGACAUUUGAAAUUAAUGAAAAAGUGACACAUUUGAGGAGGAUUACAGUCCAUCUGGGAGGGCAGAUCUCAUCCUGACAAGUCGCUCUCACGCAGUGUGGACAGACAGGGAGGGACCUCAGGGGAUACUAACCAUGGUUGUAUUCUCACUGCCUUAAACAUAGCCACUGUAUGAAAAAAACCUCCUCACUGAGUUGAGAUUCAGGAGUAGACUUAUUGAGAAUGAGCCUGUCUUGGCCCAGUGCAGUGUGAAUUUUAACUGUAAGAAAAAAGCCUGCAGCAGUGGACCAAACUCCGAGCCAGAUCGGCAUGUGGGAGAUCAUCCAUGACAGAGUGUCAUUCCAGCUCACAGCUCUGUGAUGUUCAGUCUGCCAGCACAAGUAGGCCAUGGCCUCUCUGCGAAGCAUGCAGAACUGAAGGAAAGUCAGACUUAAACAGGCCAGGCGGAUGAUAGCAGCCACUUUGCAAAAUACAGAGCAGGAGAAGUUUGUUUUACACCCGGGGACAAAAAUCCCUUCAUUCAUAUUCUCCUUUUUUACUCUAUAAAAACUCUAUUUUUUCCUCUUCUUCUCUGUUUUAUACAACCACACAGAUGGAGAGAAGACAGACAUCUCAGUGAACGCCUAUGAAGACAUCAAUAUCAUCACGGGUGCUCUCAAACUGUACCUGAGGGAUUUGCCCGUCCCUGUCAUCUCCUACGACGCUUACCCAAGGUUCAUCGAGGCUGCAAGUGAGUUGUAACUUGACAAAUUAGUCAGUCUAACACACACCUGUUUCAUUCAGUGUAUAUACUGUAAGACUGUAAACACCCAUGAUUAUGGUUCAUAGUCUUUGAAUCUUGUGUUUUCUUCAGUUCAUCUGGAAAGUGCUUUGUGUAGAUGACAAGAGUACUAGCUUAGAAACGCCUGUUCAUGCUGGAAUCCAUGUCAGUCAGUAUUGAGUGUCUUAACGUGAAAAAAAGCUAAUUGGGUCCUUUGUUGGAGUCGCACAUGUUCAGUUUAAGCCCUGUUCACUUUUUGUACCUUCUUUAAAAUGUUGGUUUGAUUGAGACAAAGUGAAACCUCCUCAUGAAUUAGUUCAGAAAAACACUAAAAUGAAUCAAACUUCUCAUUCAAAACUCUCAUCUCCAAAAGCAUACAAACAGCCUCAGACUACCUAUCAGACCAAUGGCUUUUAUGACCCUGCUGGAAAAUGACUGCACUCAUUCUUGGUGGUUUUUGUCUCGGUCAAAGAGUGCAUUAUGUCCUCUCUAAUGCACUCUGUUUCCUCUGUUAUUGUCCAGAGCUCACAGAUCCAGAGAAGAAACUUGAAGCUUUCCGUGAGACUCUAGCUCUGCUGCCGCCAUCGCACAGUGAAACUUUGAAGUACCUCAUGGCGCACUUAAAAAGGUGAGGCACGGUGUGGUUUUAGGAAGGGGGUUGACAUUUCGUUUUUAUGUUUUCAAUCUUCAAAUUCAAUCUUGUAAUUUUGCUUUGGGCGGGCAUGUCAUCAUUUCGAGUUAUCUCUCUGUAGAGCACUCGUAAUACUUUGGGGCGUCUAAGAUUCAUCCUCUUUAGCCUUCUUUUACCCCAAUAACAUUUUGUUUCCACAUUUCAGUCAUGUUAUAUUUCUCUUGUUUCCAGGGUGACACAGAACGAGGAAUUCAACCUGAUGAACGCCGAGAACCUCGCCAUCAUUUUCGGUCCAACCCUCAUGCGUGCACCAAACCAGGACGCCAUAACAGCAUUGAAUGACAUCCGCUACCAGAGACAGGUGGUGGAGCUGCUCAUUAAAAAGGAAGACGUACUCUUCUAA